UCCCUAUUACGUGUUUAUUUAUUGAGAAAAGUAAACUUUAUUUAUCAAAAAAAAAAUAUUCAACUCAGUGUUACGUGAGUUCAUUUUUUUCAAAAGUUAACUGUAAAGAGCAAAAAAUAAACAUGGACCCAGAGAGCUUCAAAGAUUUCGCUAAAGAAAUGACCGAGUUCAUCACCAACUACUUGGAGAACAUCCGAGACAGACCAGUAUUGCCUACGGUGACUCCGGGAUACAUAAAACCUUUGCUGCCGACAACCGCGCCGCAGACUCCAGAUAAGUGGCAAGAAGUAAUGAACGAUAUUGAGAGAGUCAUAAUGCCUGGGGUAACUCAUUGGCAUAGCCCAAGGUUUCAUGCUUAUUUCCCAACAGCGCAAUCGUAUCCAUCUAUUGUUGCUGAUAUGCUAAGUGGUGCUAUAGCUUGCAUUGGUUUUUCUUGGAUCGCAAGUCCAGCGUGUACAGAAUUAGAAGUCGUAAUGUUAGAUUGGCUUGGAAAAAUGCUCGAGCUCCCUAAAGAAUUCUUAGCAUGCAGUGGCGGUAAAGGCGGGGGUGUAAUCCAAGGGACCGCAAGUGAAGCGACUCUAGUAGCUCUAUUAGGUGCGAAAGCUAAAAAAAUACGUCAAGUAAAACAAGAACAUCCUGAAUGGACCGACAAUGAGAUUAUAGGAAAACUUGUCGCCUAUUGUUCACGCCAAGCUCACAGUUCAGUAGAACGCGCGGGAUUACUCGGCGGUGUGCAAUUUCAUCAGCUUGAUGUCGAUUCUAAGUCCAGAUUACGGGGGAAUACUCUCGCUGAGGCUAUUCUUCAAGAUCAAGAAAAAGGUCUCAUACCAUUUUACGUGGUAGCCACACUUGGAACAACUUGUUGCUGUGCAUUUGACUGCUUAGAUGAACUUGGUAUCGUUGCUAAUCGAGAGCAGAUAUGGCUGCAUGUUGACGCUGCUUAUGCUGGCUCAGCAUUUAUUUGUCCUGAGUUCCGGUACCUGAUGAAAGGAAUCGAACGAGCGGAUUCUUUUAAUUUUAAUCCUCACAAAUGGAUGUUGGUUAAUUUCGAUUGUUCAACCAUGUGGUUAAAAGAUCCCACUAAUGUUAUCAAUGCAUUCAAUGUAGAUCCUUUGUAUUUGAAACAUGACAUGCAGGGAUCAGCACCUGAUUACCGACAUUGGCAAAUACCAUUGGGCAGAAGAUUCCGUGCAUUGAAACUUUGGUUCGUGUUGCGAUUAUACGGAGUAGAAAACCUACAGAAAUUCAUCCGUAAGCACGUGGACCAAGCGCAUGAGUUUGAAUCCUACGUACUUUCAGACCCACGAUUUGAAAUAAUUGGUGAAGUUAUUCUAGGAUUAGUUUGCUUCCGGCUCAAGGGUUCCAAUGAACUGAACGAGAGUUUCUUGAAAAGAAUAAACGGAGCUGGUAAUAUUCACUUGGUACCGUCUAAAUGCUGUGACGUUUUCUUUUUACGUUUAGCAGUUUGCUCCCGAUUCAGCGAAAGCAAAGACAUUGAGUUUUCAUGGCACGAAAUUAAACGGAUCGCAGAUCAACUUCUUGAAGAACAAUCACUUUCGAAGUGAUGGCGGGCCCAAUUUACACGUAGCUGUAAAUCAUUGGCUCCGGCAACUUGCAAUCAGUCAUAAAUACUCUUUUAAAUAAAUUAAAUAAAUAUUUAAAUUUCCCGCGCAAUUUAAUAUUUAAAUAUUUAUAAUUUUACCCGCUUAAAUAUAAUAUAUGCCAACGUUUACUGGACCAACGAUACAUAAUCAUGAAUAAUCACUAAUUGUAAGUGAUUUACUGAGAUAAUUAAAUAAUGUGUUUUAUGUAAAUAUGUGUGCAUGAAUCGUAGACAUUAAUUUGUUAUUGUUAAUAGUAAAUUAUUAUUCAUAUUUUUAUUUUAAAUAAUUAAUGUCAGUGUAGAAUCAAGUGGCAAAACAAUAUCUUGAUUGACUGUUACAUUUAAAUUUAAAUAUUGAUGUACAAGUUUUAAUUAAGUUUACUUGUACCCGGAGCACUUGUAAUUGCACAUUAUAGAGCUGCAUUCGUGACAAUAAUAGAAUUAUGGGAAAUUAUCGAAUAUUGUCCGGUAUAAAUUUAAUAUUUCAAGUUAAAAUAAUAUUUAAUAAAUAGUAUUCAAUAUAUAGUAUAGGAUGUGUUCGGAAAACUCUCUGGAAAUUGAUAAAUAUUUAACCAGGUGGUUAGUAAAUGAAAAGUCUCGUGGGUUAAUUAAAACUAGAGGAACGAAAGAAUACCAGAUACUGCAUUUACUUCUUCGAAGAAUUUAUGAGCGCAGUAUCGUAGAAUUGUUCCUGAAAAAUUACCUAAAACCACAUUUACCUUCUCCGCAAAUAAAUAAAUAGAUCACAGUCAGGACAAGGUACAAAAUCAGAACAUCAGCUUUUAUUUAGUUGUACGUUUUGUCCCUUUAUUGGGACUUUCUCAGCAACUACAAAAUUUUAUAAACGCAUUAGAGUAAAAGACCCAGUAUCUGAUCAGGGAACUAGUACCCGAUCGCUCAUGUAUUUGUAUAUCUAUAUUUACUAAAUAUAUGGAGUGAUCGAGUACUAAUUCCCUGAUUGGGUAUUAGAUCCUUUAUUUUAUUUCUCUAGUUCAACCAGAUAAUAUUUGUAAACGCAGAAGUUGCAUCUUUCUCUUGCAGAGUGAAUUUCUGAACAUGCCCAUACUGUUUGAGUGGUUUAAAUAUUUAAAUGUUGUUCAAAUAAAUUCAAAAAUGUAUUGUGAAUGCGAGAAUUCGCUGUAUGUAAUUUAAAUUUAAAUUUAUAAUUUAAAUCAAAAUAUAAAAUACUUAAAACAGUCUAAACGUUUCCUAAAGUUGA